UCCCCCAAAGCACAUGACACAAAGGAACAGAGUCCCCUCUCCUCUCUGACAAUGCAAUCUCUCGUCCUCCCUUUCCUUGUCCUCCUCCUCUCGGUCCCUGCCGUCCGGUCGGCCAACAUCCUCUAUGCUGAGGACUCCAACGCCACCGACUACAUCCGCACAAGCUGCGCUGCUACGCUCUACAAAGAUGUUUGCUACAGCACCCUGUGUCGCUAUGCCCGAGCCAUCCGAAACGACCCGGACCGUCUCGCCCGUGUUGCCAUUUCGGUAAGCCUGUCGAGGGCCCGCCGGAUGGCCGAGUAUGUGUCCAACCUGUCCCGGCAGGCUGACUACGGGGCUGGCCCACGGGCCGCCGCAGCCCUGCACGACUGCUUCACCAACUUCGGGGAUGCCGUGGACGAGAUCAAGGGGUCACUGAACCAGAUGAGGGGGCUCGACACCUCGAGCCAGGAAUCUUUCAGGUUCCAAAUGAGCAACGUCCAGACAUGGAUGAGCGCCGCCCUGACGGAUGAGGAGACAUGUACCGAUGGGUUUGAGGACGUCCCCGAGGGGCCCGUAAAGUCGGAUGUGAACAAUAGGGCUACGGGUGUGAAGCAAGUGACCAGCAAUGCGCUAGCAUUAGUAAACAGUUUCGUGAACCAAGCGUCUCCUUAGUUUUUACUUACACCUUUAAAUUAGAGAAAGGGGGUUUUUUUUUUUUUUCCUUCUAUUUUGUUGUUAAGCAAGAGUCUUUUAGUUAGGUUAACAAAUGAUAGGAGUGUCUGCAAGCAAGUAAUGUUAGGUUGAUGGUGUGACCAAGUAAAUUCGUCUUCUUUGAGUGGAAAUGUCCAUCCAUAAGAGAAAAUUUGUAUAAUUUCCGAUGGACGUUGGUUGUGCUAGUGAAAAGGACCGAAGUCAGUGUGAAUAUGCCUAGUAUAAAAUCUCGAGGUUCUCCAUUUGCACGGA